GUUGCAAGUUUGCAGUCAGAAAGAGUCUUUGGACUUGGGCAGAGUCUGACAGAUUAAACCCAAUGGAGUCUGCAGGCAGAUCUGGGAGGUUCAGAGUGGAGAGGGAAGUGCUUGAUGAACAGAAACUGGAAGUGGUAACACAGAGGAAGACAUACUCUGAAAUCCACUCUUCUCUAAGGAAGCAGCUAAAGAAUUCCUUAAGAUGCUCUGUACCUAAACUCAAGCGAAGCGUGGUGAGCAGUUUGCCUGUGUUAUACUGGCUCCCCAAGUACUCAGUCUGGGACUACGGCAUGCCAGACCUCAUCUCUGGGAUUAGUGUGGGUAUAAUGCACCUGCCACAAGGUCUGGCAUAUGCAUUACUGGCUUCUUUACCUCCUGUAUUUGGCCUCUACUCAUCCUUCUACCCAGCAUUGGUCUACUUCUUUUUUGGAACAUCACGGCAUAUUUCCAUAGGCACAUUCACGGUGCUCAGCAUCAUGGUGGGUAGUGUGACAGAACGACUUGCUCCAGAUGUAGAUUUCCAGAAAAUGAAUGGGACCAACAUCACCGCAGAGGUAGAUGUAACUGCCAGGGACUCAUACAGGGUGCAGGUGGCAGCAGCUACUGCUGUGCUAGGUGGACUUAUUCAGGUGCUACUGGGUGUGAUAAAGUUUGGAUUUGUGGGGACAUAUUUGUCUGAGCCUCUGGUGCGGGCGUACACAGCAGCUGCAGCAGCCCAUGCUGUUGUGGCACAACUGAAGCACAUCUUUGGUGUUUCUCCCACACGGUUUAGUGGUCCGCUGUCACUGGUGUAUACUCUGAAGGCCGUUUGCUCUUUACUGCCACACACUAAUCUUCCCACACUGCUGGUCAGUGCUGUGACUGUAGUGCUUCUAAUUGCAGCCAAGGAGAUCAACUCAUUUCUCAGUCCAAAGCUGCCAGUGCCCAUCCCAGUGGAGCUUAUCACAAUUGUGGCAGGAACACUGAUAUCAUCCUAUGCCCACUUGAACAGCAAUUACACAAUUUCAGUUGUUGGAGAAAUUCCUAGUGGUCUAAGCUCCCCCAGUGUGCCAGAUGUGAGUCUUUUCAGAGAAGUUAUUGGUGAUGCUUUUGCACUGGCCAUUGUUGGAUAUGCCAUAACUAUUUCACUCGGAAAAACAUUUGGACUAAAACAUGGAUACAAAGUGGACAGUAACCAGGAACUUGUGGCGCUGGGUAUGAGUAACGCAGUAGGAGGCUUCUUUCAGUGCUUCUCUGUCUGCUCCUCCAUGUCUCGAAGUCUAAUACAAGAGACAACUGGGGGCAAAACACAAAUGGCUGGAGUGGCCUCGUCUCUAAUUGUGUUAGUGACUAUACUUAAACUUGGGACACUGUUCCACGAUCUGCCAAAGGCCAUCCUUGCAUCAAUUGUGAUUGUAAAUUUGAAGGGGAUGUUCAAGCAAUACUAUGACAUUGUUACACUGUGGAGGAGCAGCAAGAUUGAUCUGGUGAUUUGGCUGGUCACUUGGGUGUCAACAUUGCUGCUCAAUCUGGAUCUGGGUCUGGCAGCAUCCAUCACCUUUGCUUUGUUUACGGUUAUCUUCAGGACUCAGCUGCCAACAUACACUGUUCUGGGAAAUGUUCCAGGUACAGAACUGUAUGUGGAUAUAGAAACGCACAGAGAGGCAAGACAGAUUCCAGGUGUUACUAUAUUCCGCUCUUCUGCUACAGUAUAUUUUGCCAACGCUGAUCUCUACCUUGAAGCCCUGAAAGAAAAGAGUGGGCUUGACAUCAGCAAAAUGAUUAUCUACAAAAGGAGGCAGGAAGCUAAACAGAAACGAAGAGAAAGACGGGCUGAGAGGCGGGCAAAGAAGCAGGCCAAGAGAGAGAGACGAGCACAGAGGGCAGCUAGACGGCUCUCAGAGUUACCAGAGUUCUCUGUGGAGGAAGAGGAUGGCUGCUGGGAAGACACAGUGAAGGAGGAGCAGGCCUGGACUGAGAGGGAGAAUGGGACAGUGUUUGUCAUCCCAACUGCGCCCCGAACACCAGAUGGUAGAUGGGAGUACCUCAAAGGAGGAAAUCCAGAUUGCAGCAGCUUGGGAUGGAUGUCCGAGCUGCAGGAUGGGAACACCACCUUGGGCUCCAUCAGUGAGGACACCUUGAGCCAUGAUCUGGAACGGGUCUCUCUGGGGUCCCUGGGCAAGUGGACUUGGGAUAUUCAUUCCAUCAUUCUGGACCUCUCCACGGCUAACUUUAUUGACAUAGUGGCUAUCAAGACUAUGAAAAAUAUUUUCCAGGACUUCAGUGAGAUUGAUGUGGAUAUCUUUAUGGCUGGUUGUCAAGCCUCUGUGGUGGAACAAUUAGAGCGCAGUGACUUCUUCUCUGAGACAAUAACAAAGAGACAUCUUUUUGCUUCUGUACAUGAUGCUGUGCUCUACUGUCUAAGCCAUCGUGGAGCGACAUUGUGUCCCACAUACGAGCCGUCAGUGGAGAUGCAUACCAGCACAAAACUUUAAGGUCUUCAGCCAAAAAAGGAAAUCCAGCACAAAGAAGAAAUCUCAAAAGCUCAAACUGUAUCUGUAAAUUAACUGAUACAAGCACAGAGCAAAUCUUCAAACUUAUAACAUAUAGUAUAAGCUAUUGUUUGAAUUAUUGCACUGUGUGACGAGGGUGUCUCAUUCAUUUCCUUGUUGACCUGAUUUAACAUUCUUAAAGUUUUUAAGUUAUGUAAAAGAAAGACUAAUGCUCAUGACCGGAGAGCUUACUUGAAUUUUAUUCAAUGUAGGAGAGUGAGACAGUGCAUUCAAAAGAAAUACGUAAUAAAUAAAGUGGAAUCUGAGCGAUAUCUUGUGCAUUUUAACGUGUUGUGCAUUCCACAUGGAAAAGGUACUGAUGAA